AGGAAACAGGACAAAACUUAAGACCAAAAAUGUGGACUAUUUGCCUAUUUAGGCUAGUUAUCAUUAACUAUUUUAGGUUAUUGAAAGCAGACAACAGACACUCAGUGGAAUGUGUGACAUAAUUUCAUGUUAUUGUCACACCAAACUUUAUUUAUGAUAGCAAAAAAAGUAUUAUUGAUGUCUUUAAUCGCGAGCCGUGAAAGAACAUGAUUGAUAAUUUGAGACUACCACUAAGAUCUGUGCAUUCAGCACGAGCGCCACCCUUUUGCUGGGAAACGGGCCAAUCAAGGAGCGAGUUGCUUCCGCCAGGCUGCUCCAUUGAACGAGUGUCGCGGACUGGGCGUCUCGCUUGGAGAAGAAUCGCGUCGCGAAGAUACGGAUAAAUAACAACCCGGUAUUUCACAGCCCGACCGACUUGAGAAACAUCACUCAAAGUUUUAGCUGUCUGUGGCGUUUGUGUGCCCUUAAAACCGUGAGCACUGUAAAAGUUUGAAACGAAGUGAGAAGAAACAAGCUCGGUGACAGGAGGAUCCCACUACAAGCAGUGCUAGUGUGUGUAUUUCUGGAGUGAUAUGAGCCGCACCAGCCGUUAAAGCAUCCAGUGUUUCAGGUUUCUACUGGUCAGUAUUGGCUUUCUCCAUCAUUUCAUGGUAUAAAGACAAUGAGUCGGUCUGACUGGGGGUGUGCCUUCUGACGACAUCACGAGCAACACCGUGGAAACGGCGCUGAAUCACCGUGGCAACAGUGUGUGACUGACAGGAAGUUGUGGGGACCCACAGCGCAGUAACCAUGCCCGCCCUCUCCACGGGAGCCGGCAAUGAGCCAGGGCUGUAUGAGCUACUGGCCGUGUUGCCCUCUCAGCUGCAGCCGCAUGUCCAGAGCCCGGAGGAGAGCUCCUUUCUCAGCACCAUGUUCGGGGAGAAGAGCCUGCACUCGCUCGUCAAGAUCCACGAGAAGCUGCAGAGUUAUGAGGACAGCAGUCCUGCACCAGUGCUGCAGACAGCAGAAUCCCUGGCCUCAGAUUUGGCAGAGGAGCUUCAGAAUAAGACUCUGACUGGAGACAUUAAAGAGCUGAUCAAGCUGCUGUCCAAGCCUCAUAUCAAGAGUUUGUUGUCCGUGCAUGAUACAGUGGCCCAGAAGAGCUAUGACCCAGAGCUGCCACCCCUGCCAGACGACCUUGACGACGAGGAGGACUCAGUCAAGAUCAUCCGCUUAGUCAAGAACAAGGAGCCACUGGGUGCAACCAUCAAAAAAGACGAGCACACAGGGGCCAUUAUUGUGGCUCGCAUCAUGAGAGGAGGAGCAGCAGACAGAAGUGGCCUAAUUCAUGUCGGUGAUGAGCUGAGGGAAGUCAAUGGAAUUCCAGUAGAUGGCAAGAAGCCGGAGGAAAUCAUUCUUAUUCUGUCCCAGUCUCAGGGGGCCAUCACCUUUAAGAUCGUCCCAGGCAUUAAAGAGGAGCCGCCCAUCAAGGACCCCAAGAUGUUUGUGCGGGCGCUGUUUGACUACGAGCCGGCGGAGGACAAGGCCAUCCCCUGUAAGGAGGCGGGCAUGAGCUUCCAGAGGGGCGACAUCCUGCAGGUGAUGAGCCAGGACGACGCCACCUGGUGGCAGGCCCGCCACCACUCCGACACCAACCCCCGCGCCGGCCUCAUCCCCUCCAAGCAGUUCCAGGAGAGGAGGCUUGCUCUGCGACGACCACCAGCAACUCUCCCGCCACCUCAGAAGAUAUCCAGCCGAAGAUCCUACGAUGAGGCCCUUGAAUGUGUGGGCCUGAGGAGGAGUUUCCGUCUGAGCCGGAGGGAUAAGAAGACCAACAAGUCCAUGUACGAGUGCAAGAAGAGUGACCAGUACGACACGGCUGACGUGCCCACCUAUGAGGAGGUGGCAUCCUACCGCCGGCAGCAUGGGGCCAGGCACAGACUCGUGGUGCUAGUCGGUCCUACAGGUGUGGGUUUGAAUGAACUGAAGAGGAAGUUACUAAUAUCUGACCCGCAGCACUUUGGUGUCACUGUGCCACACACCACCAGACCGAAAAGAAACCAGGAGACAGAUGGAGUGGAGUAUCACUUCAUCUCCAAACAUCUGUUUGAGACAGACAUCCACAAUAACAAGUUUAUAGAGUAUGGGGAGUAUAAGGGAAAUUACUAUGGAACAAGCCUGGACUCUGUGCGCUCCGUUCUGUCCAAGAACAAGGUGUGCCUUCUGGACGUCCAGCCCCAUACAGUAAAGCACCUGCGCACUGCUGAGUUUAAGCCGCUGGUGGUGUAUGUGGCGCCGCCGCCCCUGGAGCGCCUGAGGGAGACGCGCAAGAACGCUAAAGUCAUCUCCGGACGGGACGACAAGACCUCCACCAAGGCCUUCACGGAGGAGGACUUCCAGGAGAUGAUCAGCAAUGCCAAGACGAUGGAGAGCCAGUACGGCCACCUCUUUGAGAAGGUCAUCGUCAACGACGACCUCACAGCAGCCUCCAGCGAGCUGAAGUUGGCACUGAAGAAGGUGGAGGUGGACACACACUGGGUCCCCGUCAGCUGGACACACUCCUAGGACUGAAGAGGAGGAAGAGGAGGAGGAGGGCCAUGAUGAAGAACAACACCGAAACAAGGACACUAUGAGGGAACGUCAAGAUGGAGAAAAAGAAAAAGAAAAACAAUAAGAACUUGCAGUUUUGUGAAUUGGGGGUGAAUAGCAUGUGGGCCUGGGUGCUUUACGCUGUGGGAGAAAAAAACGGUUGCUUAGUUUUUGUUGGGGGUCACGGGGGUCUCGGAGCAGAACUGUGUGGUUCUGGGUUGGGUUCUAGGCGCUGGGUUCUAGGCGCUGGGCUCGGCCUGUCCCAGCUCAGGGUCGGGUCAUGGGCCAACUGCACUGAUGGACUUUGAGAAGCCGCGGUGAGGUGCCAGAGCCAGGCUGCCACUCAGGCGGUCAGACCUCUCCUUGGUGUAUUUUUAACGUCUAGUUUAUAGAAACCAAAGGGAUUAUUAUUAUUUUUUUGUGGGCUCGGGUAACGGUUUACAUAUACAUAUCCGUGUAGUCUCUGAAUUGUGUGUGUGUGUGUGUGUGUGUGUGUGUGUGUGUGUGUGUGUGUGUGUGUACACAAGUACACACAUGUGAGUGUGAGAAAGAAAUAGAAGCUGCCGAUUGCGUUUGCCUUCAGUCUUAAGAAAUCCUGAAUUCUGGAAGACCACACGUUAGCCCUCCCCCCUUGCUAACAUCUAGCGUUCUUAUAUGCACACUAAACAAAUUAGAAAGAAAAAAAAAACAGAGUGAACACUGGCAGUCGACCCGGGGAGGGUGUGAGUGUUCUUUUAUUUAAAAUGUGAAAGCUAAUAUAUUUUAGUAAGAACAAAUAUAUCUACUGUUUUACACACCUUUUUUAUAUAUAUAUAUUUAAAAAAAAACGUCUUUUAUCGUCGUCAAAAAAAAAGACUCUCGGACUGCGCCGACCUCGCCUCCCAGGGCCGGGCAGACAGAGCGGCCUGUUUUGUAACGGGAUUUGGUGCUUCACUCAGGAGCUAUUUUAAAAUGGAGCCCUCCGCCCCGUCCAGUCCCUCUCCAGCUCCAGCUCCAGCUCCAGCUCCCCGCCCCAGGAGCAGCAGUCUGCGUCUGAGUGUGAGUCGGCUCUUGGCCCUGCACACUGGAAGAAAACCUCCUUCAUCUCCAGCAAUUAGGUUGGAGCAGAGGAGAACAGUACAGUACAGUAUGUGUACGUAUGUGUGUGUUGGUUCUCGUUUUUUCUUUCUUUCUUUUUUAUUCUUGUUAAAAAGAAAUGUUAGAAAUGUGUGCGAGUGUGUGUACUGUAUGUGUGUGUGUGUGUGUGUGAUUGGGGUGGGGUUUGGGGGUUCUGAAACAAGGAACCGAUCAGACGAGGUUCCGAGCACUUCCAGAAUUACACCUGGCACGAACACCACGCUUUGCUCGAGCUCUGGUAACAAGGGAGCCUUAUUUGUAGAACAGGAGGGUAGGGGGAAUUGGUCAAUGUGACGCGUUUGGGAAAUGUGCAAGACUGCAUGACUUGUCUGUCUUAUGGUUGCUUUCUUAUUCUCUCUCUCGCUCUGUCUGUCUCUCUCUCCCUUCAUCCUCUCUUAUUUUAGCCUCUCUGUAUUGUCAGUGCCAGUUGCUAACUGCGUUACAGAAACUGGCCUCAUCUCCAUUUGCCUCCUUCCUCUCAUUCUGGUACAAGUUUAGUCUCCUGGAUCACUUAGUCCCUUCUGUAGACAUUCAGUACAACAAACAUUCCAGUCAUCAUCUCUGCAGUCUCUCUCUCUCUUUCUCUCUCUCUCUCUCCGUCUCUCUUUAUUUGUCUGUUUCUUUCUGUUGAGAAAUGUCCAGCAGAAUGGGGGGAGUGCCAGUCUCUGGAACCAGCCCUGCGGUUUCUAUGUCUUGUGAUUUUAAAAGGCUACAGAAGGUGUUCUGCCUGUCAUGGUCAACUGUCUGUCUCCUGUGAGGAGAUGCUGUUCUCUCCUGUACAUUAAAUACAACGUCAAGCAAAGUC